AUGGCUCAACAAACAUCAAUUAAAAAUAUCAAUAGAAAAACAACUUACAUACUAAUAAGUAAACUGGCUAACGGACCAAGAAUAAAAUGGCAAGGGAAAACAACAAAAAGAAACAACUCAUUUAAAUACCUCGGAGUCCAUAUCGAUUCCAAACUCAACUGGUCAGACCAUCUCCAGCACAUAAAGACAAAGUCAUCCAACCUUAUACAAAAGAUUGGAAGGGUCGCCGGAUCGAAUUGGGGCCUCAAAAAAGACCACAGGAAAAUCCUCUACAAGACCGUCACAGAGAAAAUGAUCCUGCAUGGCUCGGUAGCAUGGGCAGCCUCCCUCACCGCAAGGCAAAAACGAGCCCUCAACUCCAUUCACAGGAAGUUCCUGCUAAACAUCAGCAGAGCCUACUCAACAACCCCAACAGCUGCACUUCAAGUUAUAGAGGGAUCUCUACCGCUCUACCUAAAAGCCGAACUGGAAGCGACCUACAUCAAUAUAACAAGGCUCAAAACAGAAGCUUCUUUAGACGGGAAUCAAUUUAAACCCUCCGACUACGAAGGAAAACCAUCCUCAGCAAAAUUCCACCCAGCAGACUUCCAAGUGGAGGAAAAAAUCUCAACCGCCAAGACAUAUACACCACAGGACGAAAUAAAUAUCUUCACAGAUGGCUCAUACCUCAACGACCAGACGGGAAGCGUGUUCUGCAUAUUCAUCAAAGAUGUAGUACAAAAAGAAUGGAUGGGGAAGCUGAAAAAAGAAAAUUCAGUCUUUCAAGCAGAGCUAACCGCCAUCAAAGAAGCGUGCCGCUGGGCCAAACACCAAAACAAACCCACAAAAAUUUGGACAGACAGCGAAUCAAGCCUCCACUCAAUCAAAGCCAUUAAAACCAAUAUCACAAUAGCCCAAGAUAUUCAAGAAGACCUCCUCAAAACCAACCACAUUAAAUUAGGCUGGGUCAAAGCCCACUCCGCAAACGCAGGAAAUGAGCUAGUAGACCAACUGGCAAAGAAAGCAACAAUAGAAGGAACCCCCAUUAAUAUCCCGCUUCCCAGGAACCAACUCAAAAAACAUCUAAAUGCAAUAAUGGUAAAAAGAUGGCAAGAAGAGUGGAACGCAGGAGAAACAGGAAGAUCCACAUACACGAUCCUCCCAAAAGUCAAAACGACUCAAACCGGAUGGGAAAGGGAGGAGAUCAUGUUUGUAACAGGGCAUGGUCCCUUCCCCACUUACCUUCACCGAUUCCAACUCCGCGACAGCAGCACUUGCGGCUGUGGCGAAGAGGGCACCCCGUUUCAUUACGCCACAAGCUGCCCCUUAACCACUACCUACCACUUCACCAAGCCAUCACAACACCUAGAGCCAAUCUGGUGGAAAAGAAUAACGAGCAACAAAACAUCCCGUGUAAAAAUAAUCCAACUAAUAAGGUUCCUACAAGCAAAUGAGGACAUCCUCUUCACCCAAUGA